AUGCCGAGAGACUGUCAAGACUCGAAGACCACGUUCAAUGCCGUUGGAACAUGUCCUAUGUCCCCUUUCAAGGAAACUCUGGGAGAGUGUGGUGCUUACUCACCUGGGGUGACCGAUGAGUGUUCAGCCUGCCCUCACGAUUCCCAGAUGAAUUCCUCCAGCACCGACCAGACGUGUGCCCUCUCCGGCCACAACUGCUCCAGACCGUGGGUCGUCGCUGGAGGCACCAGGCCGCGGAUCAUCGCCGGAGGCUCCGGACCGCAGACCGUCACCGGAGGCUCCGGACUGCAGACCGUCACCGGAGGCUCCGGACUACAGACCGUCUUAGGAGGUUCCGGACCGCAGACCGUCACCGGAGGCUCCGGACCGCAGACCGUCACCGGAGGCUCCGGACCGCAGACCGUCACCGGAGGCUCCGGACCGCAGACCGUCACCGGAGACUCCGGACCGCAGACCGUCACCGGAGACUACGGACCGCAGACCGUCACCGGAGGUUCCGGACCGCAGACCGUCUUAGGAGGCUCUGGACCGCAGACCGUCUUAGGAGGUUCCGGACCGCAGACCGUCUCAGGAGGUUCCGGACCGCAGACCGUCUCAGGGGGUUCCGGACCGCAGACCUCGUUGGAGAUUCCGGACUGUGGAACAUCGCCAGAAGCACUGGACUGUGGAGGUGCACUGGAGGUCUACAGCGCAGAGCUGGCACGACCCUUCCUGGCUGGAUGCUCACUCCAGCCCGGCAAGUGGGGGAAGCUGGCACAGGACGCACUGGGCUGUGAAGAUGCGAGGUGUGCCGUCCCCCCCUCCUAUCGCCCCCAUGCCCCUUCCUUUGCCGCUCCCUCCUACGACCGCCCCGACUGGAAUCCCCGUCUCUGUGUGAUCUCCGGAAAUCAGCUCUACAUGUUGGACCAGGAGGAGGUACACCCUUUGUUGAUGCGCGAGCGGCGCUCCGAGUUGCACAGGAACAAGCUGCUGCGGAGGACAGUCAGCGUUCCUGUUGAGGGGAGGCACCAUCCAGAGAUGGGUUACCGAGGAAACGGCCGCGGGAUUGGGGGCGAGGGCACCGGUGCGAGGGGACAGGGAGAGGCCGGGGAAGAGGAGCUCUCAGCGCGACUGCCCGCCGCGGAACAGCCGCUGCCGGUGCUGGAGAGCUUGGCUGGGGGGAGGUGGUGGAAGAAUGAACCAUACAUCCAGAACGCUCGCGCCCGGCGGAAGAGCAUAGCCAACGUGAAGCAGCCAAGCAUGGAGAUCCCUCCCACUGCCCCUCCCCAACCAUUCCGACAAUCCAGUUUCCUCAGUAGAAGGUUGAAGGGCUCUAUCAAGAGGGCUAAGAGUCAGCCCAAACUGGACCGCACCAGCAGCUUUCGACACAUGAUCCUCCCCCGCUUCCGUAGUGCCGACCAGGACAGAACGCGCCUGAUGCAGAGCUUCAAAGAGUCCCACUCCCAUGAGUCCUUGCUGUCUCCCAGCAGCGCUGCCGAGGCGCUGGACCUCACCCUGGAUGAGGACGCCAUCAUCAAGCCCGUCCACUCCAGCAUCCUGGGACAGGAGUACUGUUUCGAGGUGACUACGGCUUCAGGGACCAAGUGCUUUGCAUGUCGCUCGGGUGCAGAGAGAGACAAAUGGAUCGAGAAUCUUCAGAGAGCUGUCAAACCCAACAAGGACAACAGUCGGAGGGUGGACAACGUGCUGAAACUCUGGAUCAUCGAGGCGCGGGAACUUCCCGCCAAGAAGCGCUACUACUGCGAACUUUGUCUGGACGACAUGCUUUAUGCACGCACCACCAGCAAGCCCCGGACUGACACCGUGUUCUGGGGCGAGCACUUUGAGUUCAACAACUUGCCAGCCGUCCGCAACCUACGCCUUCAUCUCUACAAGGAGACUGACAAGAAGAGACGCAAGGAAAAGAGCACAUACCUGGGACUGGUCAGUAUCCCUAUCUCCAGCAUCACGGGCCGACAGUUUGUGGAGCAGUGGUACCCGGUCAUCCAGCCUAGCGCCCUGGCCAAGGGGCAAGCAGGGGGCAAGAUCAUCAAUGCCUCCCUACGCCUCAAAUCCCGUUACCAGACCAUGAGUAUCCUGCCCAUGGAGCUGUACAAGGAGUUUGCCGAGUAUGUUACCAAUAACUACCGGACUUUGUGUGCGGUGCUGGAGCCUCUACUGAGUGUGAAGAGUAAAGAAGAGGUGGCCUGUGCGCUGGUCCACAUACUACAGAGCACGGGGAAAGCAAAGGAUUUUCUUUCGGACAUGGCGAUGUGUGAGGUAGAUAGAUUCAUUGACCGAGAACACCUUAUCUUCAGAGAGAACACUCUGGCCACCAAAGCCAUAGAAGAGUACCUCAAGCUGAUUGGACAUAAGUACCUCAAGGAUGCAAUAGGAGAGUUCAUAAGGGCACUGUACGAAUCAGAAGAGAACUGCGAGGUGGACCCCAUGAGGACACCACCCUCUGUCCUUCCAGAUCACCAAGCCAAUCUCCGCAUGUGCUGCGAACUGGCACUCUGCAAAAUCGUCAACUCCCAUUGUGUGUUUCCUCGAGAGCUGAAGGAGGUGUUUGCCUCGUGGAGGGUGCGCUGUGCGGAGAGGGGGAGGGAGGACAUCGCAGACCGCCUAAUCAGCGGCUCCCUUUUCCUGCGCUUCCUGUGUCCGGCCGUCAUGUCCCCCUCCCUGUUCAACCUGACCCAGGAGUACCCAGACGAGCAGACAUCUCGCACGCUCAGCCUCAUCUCCAAAGUGGUGCAGAAUCUGGCCAACUUCUCCAAAUUUGGUAUGAAAGAGGAGUACAUGAGCUUCAUGAAUGAGUUCUUAGAGAUGGAGUGGGGCUCCAUGCAACAAUUCCUCUAUGAGAUCUCCAACCUGGACAGUGUGAGCAACGCGGGGGGAUUCGAGGGCUACAUCGACCUGGGCAGGGAGCUGUCCAUACUGCACAGCCUCCUCUGGGAGGUCAUGGCCCAGCUCAGCAAGGAUGCCAUUAUCAAACUGGGUCCCUUGCCCCGCCUCUUGAAUGACAUCAGCAUGGCCCUGCGCAACCCCCACCUGCAGAGGCAGCCCAGCCACCAGAACCAGACAGAUAGAGUCCAUGAGAGACAGACGGAGAGGCUGCUCUCACGACCCAGCUUCCACAGGGGAGUCUCCUCGGAGUUCCAGAAUCUCAUGAUGAAGGAUCUCAACAGCUCCAUAGAUAUCACUCGCUUGCCUUCCCCUACAUCUGGUGUGUCCGGUGGGGGGGUCAUGCCGUCUCGUGCUCAUGCUCAGCUGAGUUUCCAAGAGCGCGAUCACCCACAUCGAGCCUCCAAAGACGUUUUCUAUGUAACCCGCCCUCCCUUGGCCCGAUCCAGCCCUGCCUACUGCACCAGUAGUUCCGAUAUCACCGAGCCAGACCACAAGGACUCCACAAUGAACAGCGUGUCUAACCUGCAGUCGGUGGCCAUGCUCAACUCCUCCCAGGCCUCCAUCACCGGCAUGGGCAGCUUCGGAGGGCUCAGCAGCCAGGGUGGAGGAGGCCUGGGCUCAGGCCUGAGCGGCCAGCUCCGGGCCGGGGGCCGCCACUCGGCUGGCUCGGGGGGAUCCAGCAUGUCAGGGGGCCUCCGGCUGAGCCAGUUGAGCCAGAUGGGCACCACCACCGACUCGCUGUCCCAGCAGCAGCAGCAGCAGGCCGCCGCCCUGAGAUACCCGCUCUCCUUCCAGAACCCCCUGUUUCACCUGGCCACCGGCACUGCAGAUGGACCCCACCUUCACCACCAGCACAGCAGGGCCCAUCUCCCGCCGCCCCUGCUCCUGGCCCCGGAGCCUGACCCCGGUGGCUCGCACCAGGCCUACAUCCCCCAGUUCGCCCAUGGGGGGUUCUCCCGCAGCGAGGACCUGUCCACCCUAAGGACCGGGGCAGGGCACCUGGGGCAGCCAGCCAUUAUCCACUCACACAGCUAUAGUGAUGACUACAGCAGGGCUGAUUACGCACGGCGGCAACUGUCCAUGCACGGGCAGGAUAAUCUUCAACAGCAACAGCAGAUGGGCAUGGCCUCUCAGACUGGUACCUCCCACUCCUCCCUGGCCACACCCCCCUCCACAGUCCAGCCCACGCGCCAGAGCUCCAUCGCCCCGCCUUCCGCUCAACGCGUCAAAUCACAGACCUCCCAUCAGCUGUCUGUCAGUGCGGCUGUUGCUCCCACACCAUCCGCUAAGACACGACCGCCCAGUGCCAACCUAUCGCCAGAGUCGGGCUACGGAGGUCGGCAACAGGCACCGCGGCAACAGCUGUCGGUCAAAGACAACACAGCCCCUGGACUGCCCCACCAGCAGAGCUCUGUCAGGGAGAGCCAGGGGCCACAGGGAGGCACUACAACGACCAUACAGCAAUCGCAGCAGCAACAGCAACAACCACAGCAACAGCACCUGCUUAAACCUUCCAUCAGCAAACAGGGUUCUGGCCAGUCGCCCUCGACUCUUAACCCCCCGACCCCGGCCAAUGAGAGAACAGUCGCCUGGGUCUCCAACAUGCCUCACCUCUCCGCUGACAUUACUCUGGAGGCUAACCGCAUCGACCGUGAGGAGUUCAAGCUGAAGGAGUACUCCAAAAGCAUGGAUGAGUCUCGCUUAGACAGGGUAAAGGAAUACGAGGAGGAGAUCCACUCCCUGAAGGAGCGACUGAUCAUGUCCCACAGGAAGCUGGAGGAGUAUGAGAAGAGGCUCCUCUCCCAGGAGCAGCAGACCAGUAAGAUCCUCUCACAAUACCAGAGUCGCCUGGAGGACAGCGAGAGGAGGCUACGGCAACAGCAGGUGGAGAAAGACUCCCAAAUUAAAGGAAUAAUCAACAGACUUAUGGCUGUGGAGGAUGAGAUAAGGGGAGGAGCCGUGGUUGAGCCGCCAAAAGCUAACGUUAGGGUCUUCGCCGAUCAGGGGGCCCAGCAUUCCUCCCUGGGUUCAGCAGACCCCUGUGUGAAUACUGAAGGUGGAAGAGGAGGAGGAGGAGGAGGAGAAGAAGAAGGAGGGAUGACUACUGAUCCUGACCAUACUAUCUCUUCCUCAUGCAUCUCCUCCACUGGCUUGCCCCGGAAUGAGAAUGGAGUCACCUCACCCGUAGACCCUCCUCCUCCCCCCACUCCUCAUCUCCACUCCAGUCCACACCAGAAUGGAGAGCUCCGUGUCAACCCAACAUCCUCCCCAGUGACAAGCACGGAGGCAACUGAGAGCAAUGCAACAGCAGGACUUGGCAUAGAGGAGAGGGAGCAGGUCAAAAACAACACUAAACCAAAUCAGAGAGAGAAGACACAAAUAAAAAAGUCUUGCCACAUUUCCUUCCUUUUUUGAGGAGGAUGAGAUGACUGCAAUCUUUCCCGUUUCUUUUAUGUGUACUCAAACCAGAGAGAGAAGAAAUGUGUGGGGGGUCAUUGUACAUUUAACUGUACAGUACGUUCAGCAUUAUCAUACAAGACAACAAAAGGGCUUUCCAAUGGACCUCAUUUCCGUCAUGCUCAAACUGGGCUUUGGUCAGUAUCUGUCUUGCAGGACAAGAUAAUGAUACCUUUUAGUUAUCGUUGACAUUGUGGGAUCCUCAUGUACUGUUUCAAUCGAUCAAACUAUAGAGCCUAUCAUACACUGGUAUAGGCCUAAUCCCCAAACCAAGCGACUAUGUGAGAUUUUGCUUUGUGUGUUUGUUUAAUCAAAUAAAGACAGUAAGCAAACACUAUAUAACGUCUCACUCCCCAAAAACUUCUCAGUAGCCAAUAGCAUCCUACUACUAUAUACAUGCGUGUAGUAUCCCAUAAUUACAUCGAUAAAGGUCUAGUCAUUUCCUGUCCUGAAAACUCCAGCUCUCAAAUUUAAUUGGUAGAGAUGUGGUCAUCUGGCUUUUGUAGUCUGGUUUCCUUAGUGCCUUUGAGUGUAUUUUAACAGGGUUUUCAAAUAACAGGCGGCGAUGAUAUUGACAGAAGGAUUAUUUUAACUGAUGAUAGUACAUAAACAGUCUAAUCAAGAUCCAAAAAUAACUGUUUGAAAUGCAGACUAACUACAGAGUCCAGAACAAGCAGAAUACGGUUUUAUUUUUGCCCUAAGGAAAGUGUUUGAUGUUUUCAAAACAUCGUGUGUAAAUUAAGGGACUUCCCAUUCGUGGACUGGACUCGUGCAAUGUUUUCUCUUCUCAAUCUCAGAACCUGUGUGUGAUCAACUGGUGCUACAGACACAAACAGGGCCGUCUCCAAAUCAAGUGUGUGUGUCAAUAGCACUGCCUGUCAUGUUUCCCACUGUCUGUAUGUCUGUCUCUCUCACUCUGUCUGUUAUUGUCAAGGUAGCCUAUUUCUUUUAUGUAUUUGUCUAUGUUUGUUUGUUAUGUGUGUCGUGUCCUUACGUGUGCAAUUGUUUAAUGGAGUGGGAGCUGGGUCCAGUAGGGUGCUUAAACCAAAUGAGACAAUAACAAAGUUGUCAGGUAAAAAGUUUACCAGCAAUUUUAAGUGGUUGAAAAUAUCAAAGGGAUACUAUUUGUGGACCUUCAGUGUCCUGUCAUAUAACGUAGUCACUUGUAACACCUAGUACACUUCCAAAAUUGUUGUCAUGGCCUUUUCUGUUUAGUACCACGUAAACUAUUUAUUUGAUUCUUUUUUUGGGGUAGCCAGUUAAGUCUAGCCUUAAGUGCCUGGGUCUCAGAUAAUGACAUUUUGGCCAGUAGUCAAACUGCGCUCAGACAAAUUUGUAUGUGGCAUAGACUUUCUUCAUGUCGUUUCGAGGGACUACUUUUAAGUUAACGUACCAUUCAGCUGAGCAUGAUGAAUGCUAAUGUAACAACAUUUUGAGAAAACAAAAGAUUGUUUGGGGCAUCGUUAGUAAAGAGUACUUUGAAUCUAAAACAUGUUACACACACAGUGCACUAAAAGGAAUUCGUUGCUUUGUGUCAACUGUUCAGAUAUCAUCAUGUCAUUGAAUACUGUUAUACUGUGUUGUCAUGUCUUCUUGUUUUGUGUAUAACUUGUCCAUUGUAAUCUUUGUUUAGAUGUGAACUUGGGUUUAUUUUGGCCCUUUUUGAUUCACACUGGUGGUGCUUUAUUGGAUAACAUUCCUUAGCUGGCUUAGCGUCUCAAGUGAAUUAACAUGCUUCAGGACAGUCCUGGUUUUGCAGAACCCAACACCAGUCUUAUUUCACUUUUUGUAUUUGGUUAAGAGUCCAUUUACUAAGGGCCAUAUCCUAACUUGAUUUAUAUUUUUGCAGUUCUCCCAUUGGCAUCAUGCAUUAUGAGUAAGUCUGAGUUUAACAUGCGGAUCUCAAGUUAGGAUUCGGCACUUUGUGUAUAGGGUCAAAAUGCCUCCGCCAAUGCUGUGUCGGUCAGUACUAGGGGAUUAGCCAUAGUGUAGAGUGGAUGAGAUUCAGAGAUAUGAGAGAGAUUUAGAGUGUUGAAUUAAAAGUUAACCAAAUGUGAUUGUUAAUAGGGAGAGUUUGUUGUAGUUAACUUGUGUUAAGUCAGCUAAUAUGGCUACCUUUCUAGUGCCAAAACAUAUCAGUAAUAAAAUGGCUUUUAAAGCAACUAGGGUUUUACAUCUGCAUUGAGUAAAGAUAUGGGACUAUACAGGGUCACUGGUUGAUAUAUGAGCAUUGCCAUUAAUAUACCUCAGAGAUGCAGAAUUGAGAGACUCAGGUAAACAAAUAUUUGCCUCAGAGCUAAACACAAACUGACAAAGAGAUUAAUCCUACUUUGGAGGGACUGCCAUCCGAUACAGUGGUUGGUGCAUCUCUUAACAAGAUCUAUCCCACUGGGCAAAAACUGGUUGAAUCAACAUAGAUUCCACAUCAUUUAAACAAAAAGGCUAAAUGUGAUGUAGUUAUGCAAUUUCAUUAGGGACGUUAGGGAAUUUAGUAUUUUUUCACCCAAAUUUGAACCUAAAUCCAAUGACAUGGAUUAAAUUAACUUUAGUUGACAACUCAAUCGAUUGUAAAUCAAAAUUAGACGUUGAAAUGACGUCUGUGCCUAGUGGGAUGGCUAUGAUUGGAUAGCAACUCAUCAAGCACCUCCCCGUUCCUUCUCUCUCUGUCUUCCUUUUCUCUCCUUAGCCAAUCACGCAGCUUCGUGGAGGACAAUCUGGAACCUAAUUGGCUGAGGCAACAUGGGCAGCCCGCGUGGCCUGGCCAUAUAUCAAGAGCGCUCUCUCGUGAUGCGAUUGGCUGACAAAGGGAGAAGUUGGGCCAUUGGUCCAAUUCUCCUGACCUUAAGGAUAGUCCAGAGCCACAGCUGACCAUGUAAGGAUCUGCUGUGUUAUUUACCCUACUUUACUUGGGCCCUCUCUCUCUGAUUGGAUGGCUGGACAAUCUGUAUUUGACGCUUGUGAUUAGAUAUUUUCUUUUCUUUUCAAGACGUGCCAAUCUCGGGAAAUGGUUUUGUUGGCUCAUCAAGCAUGUGAAGAACAGCUAUGCAGAUUGACAUGAUAUAAACUUUUUGGGAUUGAGUAGUAAGUUAAAUGAAAGAGGGAGAGCUGCUGUGUAUAAGAUGCAUUUCAAAGGUGCUGUAAUUUUUCUUUCCUAACAUUUUUCUAAGAUCUCACAAUUGGUUUCUUUCAUUUUUCCUUCCUAUCAUUUUCUACAGUCCACCCACUAUCUACCCAUUCCUCUUUCUAUCUAUUCUUAACCACCCACCUCAGUUUCUGUUCACUUUUAGACUUUUUCUGCUCCUGUUCAUAUCUGCCAUGGUUUUGGUUUUGGUUUUGUUCUUUCUUCUUUAUCUCUAUUAGUUUUACAUUUAAAGGAAACUAAUUAUGCACAGCCUAUUACAAGUGAAACUGCUACAAAACAAAAUGUUGCUUCAAUUAGAACUUUGAAAAAUGUAGAAAAUGCUAUGAUUUAUAUUUCUAUAAUCAUGCUUAUUCUUACCGUAGUACUACAUCAACUUUUCAUUGGAAAUCUUCCUCUCGCAAAUGUUUAUUUCUUGAUAAUGACAAGACUAGUAUCUAAUGACAGUCCAGAAAUGAUCCAUUUUAUAUCAACUGAUUUUUCUUAAGACAAUCUUAUGGAACAUGACCCUUUUGGGGAGAAAGAUUGCCCUGGGAUUGUGACGGAUAAAAACACAAACUGUUGUUUUACCUGCUCCCCUCACAAUGAUCUGCACGUUGCCGUGACCUGUACCCCUCCACUUCUCUCUUGUAAUCCCUGGAAGAGAGAUGUGAGGAUGGAUGUUGUUUUUUCUACUUGACAAUCCCUGGGGAGCUCUCCAUUUUUACAGACGAUCUAAAAACUCCUUAGAAGAGGACAUCCUUACCAUCACGUUCUUGUUUUCCUAUUUCUGUCUCUGAUGUGAGCUUAGUGGAGAAGACGCGAGUUUAUCAUGUUUUUCCAGUGUGGUGAGACCGAAUUCUGGAGCCAAGUUUCUGUAGAACUUCCAUUUGAUUUCUUUGUAUGGACUCCACUGACACAGAAGCUAAAUAAAACCCUGUGCCCUCCUUCACCUCUGACCACUGAACGGUGACACAUCAAAAGAGCGAGAGAUUAGAGGUUAAUACCUUUUACGUGAUUGAAUGUGUGUGUAUAUACAGUGUGUGUACAGUUGUUGUGUAUAUACUGGAUAUGUGUGUGUAUAUAUGGUAUGUCUAUGUGUAUAUACAGUUUGUUUGUAUAUGCAGGGUGUACAGUUUUUUCCUCAAUCCUCUAAUCUCUCUCUCUCUCUCUCUCUUAAAUGACGUAUUUGACUCCUCAAAGAAUAAAUGUUGGGGAGUGGAGAGGUUCACACUGGCAAUUUAAAGGACAGCUGUCUGGGAAGCACUUUCUGUGCAGACACUGACCGAUCUGACACCUCUGAACACCUACACACCUAUUUAUGCCUCUCAAAACAAUCUCUGGCUUGCACUCAUUUUCUCAUCAACCGAGGCAUUUUAAAAAAAUUAUAUUUGGGUGACCAAGCAAUGUUUGUACAUAUACAGUAUAUAGAAUAACUAAGAUAAUAUUUCCAGUGACCUCCAUCUCCUUUUCUUUGAAUUCCUGUAACUAUUAUGAUUCUUCGUUGUUAUUUGAUUUAAGUUUUGCGUUUCUCUACAUUAAAUGUUUGCAAUGGUUGUCAUUCAGAUAUAUAUAUUUAUCCAGACAACCCUUAUCUAAUCUUUCCAAUUUAGUUCCCCGAACUCUGCCUCUCAUAGACCCCUCUGUCAGGCUGAACGUUUGGUUCAGGUCACACUGUUACUUGUGAAGCAACUCUUCCAUGCAAGUAACACCAUGUUAUUAGCCAUUUCUUCAAGUUCUAUUAAGUGUGCCUCCAACUCGCCAACCCUCCCUCACCCUUGAACUUUCAACCCCACAGGUCACACAUAGUCAUACCCCUUGACAAGCCAUAGUCCCCCAACCCCUCUAUUUUUGUUUUAAAAAGGACAGACAUUCGGGGAUUUGUGUAUAUUAAUGGAAGAGUGAUAUUGAAGAGUGUAUUGCCAUUGUACAUGGAUUUGUUAUGAAUGUGGAUAUUCUGAUGAUUUAAUUAUUAUUGUAAUAAUGAUUAUGAUUAUUGCCACUUUGAUUUUGUUGAUUCAUUCCUUUGAUGCGGUCAAUAACAAUUCCUUCAUUUAAUUUUUGAAUAAACCGGAAUUUAUAUUUUUCGGGUGGGUGAAUCUUGGAGAUAGAAAUACUUAAAUAAAUGAAUAAUA